CGGUCGCCUGCAGCUGUCAUUUGAGCUGCUUUGCGUUUAUAUUUCCACGGCCGUUCAUUUUUUGUAUUAAUAAACAGAGUGCUCUAUCAGUAAGCAUGGCAUCAGUGCUGUCACAGCUGAUGGGUCAGUGGAUGGAUGUUCAGGGUCUCCUGAUAUUUCUGUGUGCGCUGCUGCUGGUGAAACACCUGCGAGAUGUUCUUACAAACAACAUGCCGCCAGGACCCUUCCCUCUGCCUUUGGUUGGGAACUUUAUAAAUAUAGGCUUUAGUGAUCCACUUGGCGCCUUUCAGAGGAUUGCUGAGAGGUAUGGAGAUGUGAGCACACUGUAUCUGGGAAACAAACCGUGCAUACUGCUUACUGGAUACGAGAGUUUCAAAGAGGCGUUUGUGGAGCAGGCGGACAUCUUCACAGACCGGCCGUACUUCCCUAUAGUUGACAAGCUCAGUAAAGGGAAAGGUCUGAUUAUGUCCAGCGGACACAUGUGGCGUCAGCAGAGGCGUUUUGCUCUGGCAACUCUCAAGUACUUUGGUGUGGGGAAGAAAACUCUAGAAAACUUCAUCCUGCAGGAGUGUCGCUUUCUCUGUGACUCUAUACAGACUGAACGAGGUUUGCCCUUCGACCCUCAGCAUUUUGUGACGGAUGCUGUGGCUAAUAUAAUCUGUGGGUUGGUGUUUGGUCACAGGUUUGAGUAUGAUGACCAUAAUUUUCAUCUGAUGCAGAAGUAUUUAGAUGAAUUCCUACAGCUUCCCAUCUCGAACUGGGGUCGGUUAUAUAAUCAGUUUCCCACCCUCAUGUCGAUGCUGCCAGGAAAACACCAGACGGCAUUCGCCAGCAUAUCUAAACUUAAGCCCUUCCUGCAGGAGGAAAUCAGAAAACACAAGGAGGAGAGAGACCCGUCCAACCCCAGAGACUACAUCGACUGUUAUCUGGAAGAGAUCGAGAAGUGUAAGGACAGUGAGGCGGAGUUCACUGAGGACAACCUGAUGUACUGUGUGGUGGAUCUGUUUGGAGCAGGAACAGAAACCACCUCUAACACACUCAGAUGGGCCUUACUCUUCAUGAUCAAGUACCCAGAAGUACAAGAGAAAGUCCAGUCUGAGAUCGAUCAGGUGAUUGGACAGACACGCCAACCACUGAUGGAUGACCGAACAAAUCUGCCGUACACCUACGCGGUGAUGCAUGAAAUCCAGAGGUUCGCCAACAUUGUUACCUUCACGCCUCCCAGAAUGGCCAACAAGGACACGACAGUGGGAGGACGUCUCAUCCCGAAGGGUGUGGUAGUGAUGCCAUUGCUGAAGUCAAUCCUACAGGAUAAGAAUGAGUACAGCACUCCGUAUGAAUUCAAUCCUGCUCACUUUCUGGAUGAAAAUGGCAAAUUUUUGAAGAAAGACAGUUUCAUCCCAUUUUCAAUAGGUAAGAGGAUGUGUCCAGGAGAGCAGCUCGCUCGAAUGGAGCUCUUCCUCUUCUUCACGUCUCUGAUGCAGUGUUUCACCUUCCUGCCUCUUGAGGGACAAACGUUGAGUCUGAAAGGAACUAUCAGUGUCUCAUCUGGUCCUGAACCCUUCCAGAUACGUGCUGUGCCUCGAUAGUGUAGAUUUUAAUCAGUCAA